AUGAAACCUUUCAUUUUUCUUAAGUUUGCUGCGUUGAGCCUUGCUCUCCCCAGCGAUGUUACUCGCAAUGCCACUGAUGGUGUGGCCGAGCCCACAUCGUCAGCCAUACCCAGCAAGCCAGUGUUGAUCCCUGACGACUCAGUCGUCAACAACUCAACCGAGCGGAAGCUCAACCUCGGCGUCAAAGCCAUAUCGCCCGCAUCAGAUGUGCAGACCAACACUCCUUGGUCCACACCUCUGAUCGAUGAUUGUCCUAAGCUGUGCAGUGUUGUUGGGCCAGACCCAUCUAACUGGACCCGUGUGCAACACGAGGAUGAUCUUCGUCAAGACAUUUUGAACUUGUGCAUUCGAGAAAUCGAGGCUUCUCAAUCCACUAGUACUGUCCGUCGCUAUGUGCCAGUCGAGGCUCGCCAGAACAAUGAAUCUAUUUCAACGUUCUCGCCAGACAACGGGCCAAAGGUCUGCGGGGCAUCUGAGUCUACUCUUCAACUGCUUGUGUCGACCAGCCCGACAGGUGUUAUAUCAUCUGGGGCUGACGCUGCUGCCGCCGCCGCGAAGCUGCUAGGGUCUCAUCUUGCAGAAACUGCUUCAUGUGGCCGUACAAUCCUUUUUGCGAGGGUUGAUACAGCUAUUGUUGCUCUGUAUGUCAGCGCCGAUGUCGUGACUACUAGUGUCGCCACGUUAGUGAUUGAUACCUUCGCGACGAGCGUUCAACAAGGCAGCGAGCUGGUCCAGUCAUGCGACACAAACAGCCUCAACUCUUAUACCAUUGGGCUGUUUGCUGUCAAUGGACUUGAUCAACUUGGAAGAGCACAGAGGGCUAUGCAGACUUGGUCCAGUGGUGAGUGUGUUAGAGACCACACCAACAGUUCAAAGUCUUUUGAAGGCGCUGGCGUGCUCGGUGCUAGCGAUUUGGUCGUCAUCCCCUCCAACUACACGUCGAAUUCUACCACAAAGCGUGGGGUCUCCAACUUGACGCCCAGAGCUGUCUGUACCGCUAUUGAGGUCGAAAAGGAUGAUGACAAGACACCGCAGCCACAACCCAACGGCAUAUGUGCAACCCACAGUAUCAGCUUGGGAGACCUCUGCUGGUCUAUUGCCGACACCUACGGAAUCAGCGAGACGGACCAUGAGAAGUAUAACGCCAACAGUUGGGGCUGGGCUGGGUGCAACAGUCUAAAACAGGACCAGAUCAUCUGUAUUAGCAAGGGCAACACGCCGAUGCCGGUACAACUUCCCGACGUGGCUUGUGGUCCCCAGAAGCUAGGCACGCAGAUGCCCUCUGAAACUUAUGAUGGCUGGGAUCUGGCCAAGUUGGAUCAAUGCCCGUUGAAAUCUUGUUGCUCAGGAUGGGGGUACUGCGGAACUACGGCCGAGUUCUGCACGGAGUCGCCUGCCGAUACUGGAGCGCCUGGGGCCUUCAAGAAGGACACCAGCGGGUGCAUUUCCAACUGCGGGAUGGAGAUCACCAACAACAAGAAUCCACCCACUGAGUUCAGACGCAUCGGAUAUUUUCAGGCGUACAACGAAGCUCGAGGAUGCCUGACUAUGGACGCAAGUCAGAUCAUGGACAUCUACGAGACCUACCCGUUGACACACAGCCAUUUUGCUUUUGCCGGUCUCACGCCUGAUCUCGACGUCAAGAUCGCCGAUAACGUCAAAGACCAGUUCGACAAGUUUGUCUCCAUGGAUGCGCCUUUCAAGAAGAUUAUUUCUUUCGGCGUUUGGGCCGAGUCUACCGAUCCCGCCACCUAUCAGUUGUAUCGCGACGCUGUUAGUCCGACGAAUCGCGAGCGGGUCGCUAGCAAUGUGCUUCGCUUUUUGGAUGCGAAUCCAGGACUUGAAGGUGUCGAUCUUGAUUGGGAAUAUCCGGGUGCUGACGACCAGGGCAUUCCCAGUAGCGAUCCCGUUGAUGCUAUCUACUACAGUCGCUUCCUGAGCCUCAUGCGAGACAAGCUCGGAAAGAAUGGUCGCUCGCUCUCGAUUGCCAUCCCAGCUUCUUACUGGUAUCUCAAGCCUUUCCCUGUGAAGGACAUGGCAAAGGUGCUCGACUACUUCAUCUAUAUAACGUACGAUCUUCAUGGACAAUGGGAUUACGGAAACAAAUAUGCCAACCCGGGCUGCGAGAAUGCAAACUGUCUGAGAUCCCACGUCAAUAUCACCGAGACCACGAACUCCCUUGUCAUGCUUACCAAGGCUGGCGUCUCCGCUGAUAAAAUCAUUGUUGGAGUCACCAGCUAUGGUCGAAGCUUCCGCAUGGCGGAUAAGAGUUGUACAGGACGCAAUUGUCUGUUCACAGGCUCCCGAACCGUCUCAGAAGCCGAGCCCGGCAUCUGCACAGAUGCCGGUGGCUACAUAUCCAACGCCGAGCUUGACCAGAUUUUCACCUUUGCAGAGGAGGGUGAGCCUGGGUACGAGGCCAAAAGAUGGCACGACGGACCCACGAACUCAGAUAUCAUGAACUACGGCACUAUGAGGAACGGCAUGACGGACUGGGUCGCAUACAUGAGUGACACUACCAAGUCGACACGUUCGGAUUGGAUCAAAGGUCUGGACUUUGGCGGCACCACCGACUGGGCCAUUGAUUUGCUCAACUUUCUCGGCGCACCAGAGGGUCAAGAGGGUGGAUUCACUGUCGACGGUGGGGAAAACUUGGAAUGCAAUUCUGAGACUUGGCCUACGAAUCUGGACGAUCUCGAGAAGAACAUCGAUAACGUGCCGCCCCACUGCCGUUCUAUGGCGUUGCUCAACGUUUUGAUCAGAGACCUUGAGAAGGUGAUCGCCGAGUACAGGGAUCUCGCAAGCUCGAGUGACUAUGACGACAGAUCUCGCAGUACUGGUGACGAGCGUCUUGAAGAGUUCUUGAAGAUCGGCACUGGAGAAGGAUUGAAGUACAUGGACUGCGAGUGGAGUUCAAAGGGCAACAGCGGCGAGGGCCCUUGCACUGAAGCCCAUCUGUCUUACCCUCCUGGACCUUCGCCGGGACCUCGCACCGUCACUUUCACAAUGCGCGACGAAACUGGCUUCUACGAUGCUUUGGCGAGUAAGGCGGGCAUACAAAGGGAGUGGAUCACUUGGCGAGACAUGGAUGCCAUCAAUGACCCCUGUGUGUGCCCGCCGACACAACCGGGUAUCUGCCCGGUUGACUGCACCAUGAACUACUACAUGAGAAAGAACUGGCCGAAGAGAGUCAGCGACAAGGACAAGAUCGAGAUUGAGAACCCCAAGAGCAUCAUCGAGGAAGCAAUUCCGUCCACCGAUGUUCUUGUUGGGACAAUAGUCGGUACUUACAUCGAGAUGCGGAUGGGUGUUCUCGACGCUGAUGAAGCCGACGUCCUCACUGCCUUUAGCAUGCCUCUUCUCGUGAUGCAAGAUGCUUCCAAUAGCAUCAAGGAGAUCAAGGAGAUUGGCAAGGAACAGAAAGAGACGAAAACGCGCGAGCUUGUCCUCGGCAUUCUCAGUAUCGUGUUCGCUGUCAUCCCUUUUGCUGGGCAAGCUGCAUUGGCUCUAGGCGGUGCCACUCGCCUGGCUACCAUGGCAUUGAUCAUUGGGGAAGCAGGAAACGCCGCGAUAUCCAUUGUCGAUAUUGUCAAAGAUCCGAACUCGGCUCCUUUCGCCAUCCUUGGCAUGUUGGUUGGUGCUGCGGGCAUGCGAGGUGGCAAACCACCCCGGGAGGCAUUCGCAGAGGCGGGCAAGGCUCGUCGUGCUCUGACCCCGAAGAUGAUGGAAUCAUUCUCGCCCGAGUUUCGACGCAAGGAUGGAUUGGUGCAAAAUGUUGUCAAGACCUGCAAGGUGCGGUAA